UCCAAACCCCGCACAAAUUCAUAUCAUGAAGUGGAAGCUACAAUCGUUUCUUGCCGUGCUUCUUGCCACACUCCUUUUCGACGAGAUCCUUGKAGAAAGCAUGCCAGAAAAGAAAAGCGAUACAGGCAACGAUGACACUGUCACGACUUGCGAAACCACCGAAGAAGUGUUUGCACCUCUGUCAGAAAGGCCAAACGAGUUUGUGCCUUCCUCUAGACCGGAGAUUCGACUGGCCGUCCGCCGUUGGGUUCCUGAGGAUAACVAAGUCAAAUCCAUUCUGAUUGUGCACCACGGAGGGUGUGGGUGGCAUYCGGGUUACUUUGACAAGCUCGGAAAUGUUCUGAAAGAAAACGGAAUCAUUCUGAUUUCCUACGACCAGGUUGGAAGCGGUUACAGUGAUAGCAUAAGGAAAAGAAGACAAUACUUUGAUACAAUGGAUAGACUAUCGGACGAUCUGACAAAGUUUGUGAGCGACGCAAGAAAUCGAUAUCCGAGCAAGUCGGUGUUUGUUCUGGGAGAAAGUUUUGGUGCCAUGGUCGCCCUGUACAGCAUUUUGAAAGAGCAGCAAGCUAACSCAACAGCGGUUGCGGAUGGCUACGUCAUGGCCGGCCCAGCUAUUACACUGCGCCCGGAAAUGUUGCCCCCCCGGUUUGUGAUCAAAAUCGUCAAAGUUUUGGCCCGGUUCUUYCCGARCCUGAAAAUGCCGGGGGUGGACAUAUUCUCAACGUUCGACGAUGCCUUCGGAGAUCCUCGCUGGGCGGAGGCCGCGCGGGCCGAUCCGUUCAUCCAGGAAGCCUUCGUUUCGGCUCCUUUGUUGGGAAUGGCGGCCUCCACGCUGACGGCCUCCGACAACAUCGUCGCGUCGAUGGAUCGCGUGGAUGCCCCGUUUUCAUAGUGGUAGGCAAUGAAGAUACCCGCGUCGU